AUGUCUGACAUAGAAGAAAAUAGAGUAGGGAGCAACUCUAACCCUAUUGUUCUGAGCGAUGACGAAAAUGAAAUGGAUUACGAGUCUGACAUUAAUAGUUACACCAGCUACGAACUUAUUCUGCGUCUAGUUUUGAGAGCAGGAGAACCUGAUAGUGAUGAUGAAGCCCUUCGUGAGUUUGAUCGUGCUAGGGGGCAAACUAGGGUCGAUAUUUAUCAAGCUGUUUUGGGACCUGAUAGUGAUACUGAGCCUGAGCUUGAGUUUGAGCCUGAACCUGAGCCUGAGCCUGAGCUUGAGUUUGAACCUGAACCUGAGCCUGAGCCCGAGCCUGAGCCUGAGCCUGAGCCUGAGGAAGAUAAUCAUCAACCUCAAGGUCCACGAAGAUCCUCAAGGCCAAGAAAGCAAGCUUAUUAUUUCGAUAUGGAUGAGGAUGAUGAACUUAAAUACGAGUUAUUUACCCUAGAAGGUUAUAGCGAAUCAAAGGACAAGUCUGAUGAUGUCUCUCUCUAG